AUGUUGGAUCUUUUUACGAUUUUUAGCAAGGGCGGGAUCGUCUUGUGGUAUUUUCAGGGAACAUGCCAAGCCCUUGGCUCACCGGUAAACGCUCUGAUUAAAAGCGUUAUCUUACAGGAGCGUGGUGGAUCGAGUACAUUUGAACAUGGAUCCCUGACACUCAAGUACAAACUAGACAACGAGUUUGAACUCAUUUUUGUUGUCGCAUAUCAAAAGAUCCUCUCUUUGUCCUACGUGGAUAAAUUCAUAGACGACGUACAUCUGGAAUUCCGAGAUAAGUACAAGGAGGAUUUGAAGAUCGGCAGUUUGUUUGGAAAAUUUGACUUCACUGGGGAAUUCCAACAAUUGCUGCAGCAGGCGGAGAAAGAGAGCAGAGAUAAAGCCAAGAUUGGUAAACAGAUGCGAACAUUUGAAGAGUCACAAAAAUCUAAGAAGACGGUAGCAUCCAUGAAGAUUGAACCCAAGAAAGAAGAGAAAAACAAGACCAACAAAGCAAAGAAAGCAGCUGUGAAGCCUGAGCCUGCUCCUACCCAGAUAAUCACCAAUGGCAGCAAAGAUCAGGAAGAACAGCGGCUGGAUGAGGAGACUAUCCUCAAGAAUCGUGAGCGUCUCUUCAACAGAGCUAAACCCAAGAAAGUUGAGAAAUUACCGAAAGCCAGUCCCAAAGAAGACAAGAAGAAGAAAGGCAAAGAAGCAAGACAGUGGAGUAACGGGGGAUCAGUCAAAGACAUGCCAUCGCUGGACUACAGCGCAAAGAAUGCCGCAGAGGGAAACAACGGGGCAGUGAAUGGGACCAAGCAGUUACCUCUAGAGGAACAGUUGGCUAUGGUGGGCUCGAUGGCCGGUGACUUGCAGAACAUUGAUGAAUCCAGUGGGGAUGAGGUUGAAGAGGAAGAGGAGGAAGAGGUUGAUGAACCGGAGAAAUCCAAAGUCACCAAUCAAAAGUCUACUAAGUCCAGUGGGUUUGGUGUUUUCAACAUGUUCCGGGGCCUUGUUGGAUCAAAGAGCUUGACCAAGGAAGAUAUGGCCCCUGCCAUGAAUAAAAUGCAGGACCAUCUGAUUGCUAAGAACGUUGCACGUGACAUCGCAGAGAAACUGUGUGAUUCUGUGUCUACCAAGCUGGAAGGAAAAGUCAUGGGAACUCUAAGCCGUGUGACCUCGGUUAUCCGUGAAGGAAUUGAGGAGUCUUUGGUUCAGAUCUUAUCCCCGCGUCGUCGUAUUGACAUCUUACGUGAUGCGAUGGAGGCACGUUCUCGUGGCAAACCUUACUCCAUGGUCUUCUGUGGAGUCAAUGGUGUUGGGAAGUCAACCAACUUAGCCAAGAUUUGCUUCUGGUUGGUAGAGAAUGGCUUCAGUGUCUUGAUCGCUGCUUGUGACACGUUCCGGGCCGGUGCUGUAGAGCAGCUACGAACUCACACCAGUCAUCUCAACGCUCUCCAUCCUGCUGAGAAACACGACGGGCGCUCUCCGGUUCAACUGUAUGAGAAAGGCUAUGGGAAGGAUGCUGCUGGCAUCGCUAUGGAGGCCAUCAAGUAUGCUCGUGAUUGUCACUUUGACGUUGUGUUGAUUGAUACAGCAGGACGUAUGCAGGAUAAUGAACCACUCAUGAGAGCUCUAUCCAAACUGAUCAAAAUCAACCAGCCAGAGUUAGUUCUCUUCGUUGGGGAGGCGUUGGUUGGUAACGAAGCAGUGGACCAGUUAACUAAGUUCAAUCGAGCUUUAGCGGACCAUUCAGACAUGGACCAGCCUCGGCUGAUUGACGGCAUUGUGCUGACUAAGUUUGACACCAUUGAUGAUAAGGUUGGCGCUGCUAUUUCGAUGACCUACACCACUGGUCAGCCUAUUGUCUUUGUUGGGACCGGUCAGACAUAUCGUGAUCUGCGUAAGCUGAACGUCAAAGCUGUCGUGAAGGCUUUAUUGAAAGCCUAAGAAGUACAGAACCUAAAAAACAACCAACGUUGAGACCUUUCAUCACAAGACGUGUGUUAAGUGAGAAAUUAACUUGUGAAUUUGAAUCGAAAUGUUGAUGAGAGUCAGUCAUCAAUUCCAGUGGGUAAAUUUCAAAAUGUUGCCAAUCCUAAUUUGUUUUAUCAACACACAAGAAAUCCUGAAAUCAUCUUCAUCAUGAUUGUUAUAAUUUGCAUGAUUAUCUCAAACAAUUUUUGGGCCGUGUGGGCGAUUUGAAUCUACAUACAGUGUGAAAAGCGAACCUGUAAAAUGUUUGCUGCUGAAGCAAAUAUGAAAUUUUAAUUUUCCAAAACAGUGGACAAAGAAGUAUUGAAAGUCAGUAUUCUUGUGGAAUUAUAAAACUUAAUAUUUCUCAAUUCAUGGAUGCUUUGUUUUAUCGUGAGAUUCUUUGAAACAAUUCUUAGUCAUGUUUCGGAGGUAAAAAAGUUUGGAAAAUGUCCAAGCUAAAGUAUGCCAUAAGAUUUAAAGGUUGUAUAAAAAAAGCAAAUCUUUUAAAUAUAGUAUUAAUUUAUGAGAGGUAUAUGAGUGUUGUGUGUCAAGUGGGGACACAUUAGAGAUCUGAAAUCUCUGAAUGUUAACAUUUUAAUAUUCAACAUAUUUUAAGCUUUUGAAGCAUUCCGUAAAAUUAAUCCACAUGAUCAGUUAUGCUGGUAAAAAGGCCAAACAAAAUUGAAUCAAAAUUAAUUCUUGUGUUUCCCAAUGCAUUGUAUACUAUUUCCACCGACAAUUCAUUAAACCACUUUUGUUUUCGCCUUAUAAGAGGCUCCAUUGAAUCACCUUUUUUCCUGUGCGUUUUCUUGGCCAAUCUUGUUAACUUACCAUUCUGCAGUGUUUAGAUACUAUCAUGUAUUUCCAUUAAAGCAACGUGCAUUGCCCAGCCAUUCCUGUGGCUUGUUUACGGAUUUACGCACUCAAAAUCUUUAUUUUAAAAUUAAAUCCAGGUUUUAUAUUAAUGACACUGUAUAAACAUUGGCUGCUAAUUUGACAAAUUCGGCCAGAAAAACCUACAUUUAAUAAAGAUAUUGUUCAAUUUAAAAAAAGGUUGCAGCUGUGAAGUUUUCUUUAUGUUUAAUUAGUUCACUUUGUAGCACUCUAACCUCUACAACUUUACUUUUAAUAUUCAUAUCACCAUUAUUUUGCCCCUGUUUUCAUGUUUGAUUUGGUGAUGGUAUUAAUCAUUCUUUGCACAUUUUUGUUCAAAGGCCAAGAAAAAGCAGUUAUUAAAAUUGUAUCACAUUUUGACCUCCAGUAAAGCUUAUAUCAACAUUGUUAACAGAAGGGCUGAAGAAGUUAUAUCUCAUGAAACAAAAACUUUGCUGACUAAACAAUGUUUUAUAACAGUAUUGAAAAAAGACAAACAUAUCUGGUUAUAAAGGAUUUUUGCUUUGUUUUCUCUCUGAAAUAAUCACACCAUUAUGUUAAUUAAUUUUGUUUUAUGAAAUUCAAAACUCAUCCAAUUAAAUUGUAAUCAGUUAAUGCU